UUUUGAGCUCAUUUAAUGCAUUUAAUCAUUCAAAAUCAAUUUAUAUUUAAUCCAGACGUAACGAAUUUAAAAGAAAUGGCAGAGUAUUGUGAGUACAUGUGGGAUCCAACACGCAGUUAUGUUGAUCUUGCAUUGUCCAGAACUAUUGAUGAAGAAACGAGAAUGGAAACCAAAGAUAAAAAAUUAGCGAUUAAAAUGGUUCGAACAAUUUUACGAGGAAUGCCCGAAGUAGAUCUGAAGGCCUGCACUGAUGAAUAUAUAACACGAUUCCUGUUAGCCCGAAAGUAUCGUAUAGAACAAACCGCUUCACUAAUAGCAGCUUAUCAAGCUCAAGUGUUACAUCGGCAAGAUAUUUUCGGAAAUUUGACUGCACGUGACCCAGCUUUGCAACGUGCUCUUCGAGCUGGUAUACCCGGAGUACUUCCAGCACGUGAUAAGAAAGGCCGAUGCAUUCUGAUAAUUUUGACUUCCCAAUGGGAUCCUAUUGCCGUACCAGUAUUAUCGAUUCAACGCGCCAUAUUUUUGGUUCUUGAAAUUCUUAUUCAGGAUUGUCGUAAUCAGCAAUCCGGAUUCGUUGUAAUAGUAGAUUGGAGUGGGUUUUCAUUACGUCAUGGGAGAGCUUUUGGAACAUAUGCUCUACGAAGCCUGAUAACUUCUCUUCGCGGAAGAUUCCCAGCACGAUUCAAGGCCAUCCAUUUUUUGUCACCUCCAUUAUAUGUGCAAGCGACUCUUGCACUUGUAAAACCUUUUCUUGACGAAAAAGUACGAUAUAAGAUUUAUCUCCAUGGGAAUAAUCUCAGCACUUUGCAUGAGCAUUUGCCAACUGACAUUCUACCUGCUGAAUUUGGAGGAACAGGACCUGCCUUUAAUCCAAGUCUCUGGGCAGAACCAGUUAUUCAUUCCGCAAUGAAAGAAAUGGAAAUUGCUGCAACGGAACGAGACAAGAAUAGUAGAAAAAUUUUGGAAAAUCCACAAUCUACACUUCAAUCGCUCAUGUGACAGCAAAAAAUAAAUAAAUAUCAAUGCAAAAGUAAAAACACUCAGUCAGAAUUUCCAUUGUCAUUAUUUAAAUUUUUUUAUUCUAAACAAGACUGUAUUUUUAAUAUAUGAAAAUUUAAGUAAUUUUACAAAAAAAAAAAAAAAAAAAUGGUUUUUUAAUAAUUUUUUUUUUCAAAAUUCGUAUUAUUUUUUAUUGACUUAUUUAUUUAAUUUUUCAAACACAAUCAGGUUUACAAUAAGUAAACUCGAGUCUGACAGGGAUAAAAUGAAGUUAGGAUAGAUACUGCUCACCAAGGGGGGAAUAUAGGACACUACAACCUACGUAUAUAAUUUUCUACUCGAGCUACAGGCGAAGGUCCACAAACAAUUAAUACCGUAAGAUGGACGGUAGAGUCGAAUUUGAGAUUUGCAAUGUCGGAAAGCGAGGAAUAAUUGUGGAAAUGGAUAGGAAAUUGAAUAACUUCAAAUUUUCCCAAAUUAUUGAAUAACGGGUGGUUUGAAACUUUUCAAAAGGAUUUGGUGCUUAAAAAUUAAGAGGAGUUGAAAUUUAUGGAGUUAAUAAGUAUUAGAAAGUUUUUUUUAAUCUUCUCAGAUCACAUUUCUUAAUUAGAGUGGGAUUUUCUUCCUUUUCCGUGGUGUCUAUACUGUUUGUCAUAAAAUUUCUACUCGUAAGUUUGAAUUUCCGCCUUUGUUUAUAAGGUAAUUAAAAUGCGUCAGACGCCUUUAUUUCUUAGUGGAUUAUUUUCGAUUGAACCUAGACUCCAGAGAGGCGAUGAUAAACAAGACCUACUAGUACUCCCUAAUUGUCACAGUGUUAAAUAUGAUAAGUCGUUCAUUGUUAGUGCAAUAAGGGCGUGGAACAAACUUCCAAGAGGCUGUGCAAAUCAAUGUAUUUUUAAGGAAUUUCGUAUGUCGUCCUUUAAUUAUUAUCUGUUGAUUUUAAAAGAUUGAUUAAUGAUAAUAUUGUUAAAUGAAUGAUAUUAUUGCGAUGACAGUGUAUCAUUAUUGUAAACUUAGCUUACAUUUGUAUUUUUAUUUUUAUAUAUGAUUAUAUAUUUAUCCUAUAUACUUUUUAAUUAUUAA